GGAACAUCACGACAUCGACACUGACUCGGAAUCCUCGACAACAACGUCAAAAUGCCGAGCCACAAGACUUUCCGUGUCAAGCAGAAGCUGGCCAAGGCCCAGAAGCAGAACCGACCCAUUCCCCAAUGGAUUCGGCUCCGCACCGGCAACACCAUUAGGUACAAUGCCAAGCGGAGGCACUGGCGCAAGACCCGCCUCGGCCUCUAA